AUGAAUUCAAUUAGUUGGAAUAUCAGAGGGCUUAAUGACCCUCUGAAGCAGGCAAACGUGCAUAAGCUGCUUGUUAAUAAGAAGGUGAUGAUUGCUGGUUUGUUAGAGACUAGGAUGAGAGUCCCUAACUUUGACAAAGUUUGGAAAAAGAUGAAUUUACAAGAUUGGAGUAUUAUCAAUAAUUAUGAGCACUCUGAGAUAUGGAAAAUCUGGGUGGUUUAUAGGAAUAAAGUUAAAGUUGAUCUGAUUUUUAAGUCUGAUAAGAUUAUCCAUUGUAAGAUUGAUGUUGGGGAGGAAGAGUUUUACUGGACUGCCAUUUAUGGUGCAAAUGACAUUAAUAAGAGGAAAAAGCUUUGGCAGAAUCUUAUUUCUAUUUCAAGGAUAGAUGGCCCUUGGAUUAUUCAGGGAGAUUUUAAUGCGGUUAUGAGUGAAAAAGACAGAUGCGGGGGGAAUAGUUUGAACCUGCAUCACUUGAAUGAAAUGGCUGACUGCAUGGCAAGUAUUGGGCUUAAAGAAAUGAGGAGUAUAUGGAGUUAUUAUACUUGGAGUAAUAAUCAAGUAGAUAACAACAGGAUUUGGAGGAGAAUUGAUAGAGCUCUUACCAAUGUUGAGUGGCAAGAUCACUAUCAAAAUUCUUAUUAUGGAGCUUUACCCAAUGGGCUAUCUGACCAUAGCCCUAUCUAUGUGGUUAUGGAUAAAGCUAAAAAUAACAGAAGAAGUAACUUCAGAUACCUAAACUUGUGGGCUCAAAAUCCUGAGCAUAACAGGAUUAUAGAAGAAGAGUGGAGUAAGAGCUACCAAGGUUAUACCAUGUUCAAAAGUAUCAAGAAGUUAAAUACUAUCAAGCAAAGGUUCAUUAAGCUGAAUAAAAAGUGCUACACUGGUAUCUCUCAAAGGGUUAUAACUCAUAGAGAGCACUUAGAGAAGCUGCAGAAAGACAUUCAGCGGGAUCCCCUCAAUAGCUCUCUGUUAGAGGAAGAAAGAGCUAUGGUUUCUCAAUUAAGAAGCUUGCUUAGAAGUGAAGAGAGUUUCUACAAGCAAAAGUCCAGGAUCCAAUGGCUUAUUGUUUAA